AGAUUUCAUUUCUCUCAAAUAAUCUCUCAAACUUGAAGCUCCCACUCUCUCGCGCUACAAAAAAAGUAAUAGUGCAUGAGUUCAUCUCAUUUGGGUGUGGAAAGAUUCUCGAGAAUGUCCUAGCUUCAGGUGGUGUUGAGGUGGAUAGCAACAAUUGAUUCACACGUGAUUAGAUGUAAAAAUGGUAGUUGAAGUGAUCCACUUAAAUGUCAUACAAGCUAUCAAAUCCUACUUAGUAAGCAUCAACAUUUGAAUGAUCGACGGGAGCUUUGAUCCUUAAGAUUAAUGGAUAUUUAUUAUAGAGAGACAUUGCGAUGUUGAAUCUCCAAGUUUUCUACUUAUACUGAAUCAAAAUAUAAAUUUCCCAAUUUCAGAUCACAAUUUGUAUGGUUCCUCUGGCCCCCUCCUCCUAAACAGGCUACAGCGGGGGCGGCGGCGAUGGAAGGAGGAUGGCAGUCGUCUUACCAGCGCUUCAAAAACGCUUUCUUCCGAUUCCUUCACCAAAAUCCGAAGCUUUACGCUCUCUCGCCGGCAUCUAUUGCCGGAGUCGGGGAUUAUUCCACCCGACUAAAUUCCAUAUCCGUACUUACUCCACUGAGUUACCCAGAACUGUCCCAGGCAAGAUUAUUUCGUUGUUAGAUUCUUGUACCAACCUGUUCUCUCUCCGUAAAUCCCAUGCCUUGCUCUUCGUCCAUGGAUUGGCCAAAAACCUCCCUUUCCAGACAAAGCUCCUUGCUUCCUAUGCUGGUUUGGGGGACGCCAAAUGCGCACGCAUGGUGUUCGAUAAAAUUACUGUCCCAGAUCUUUACUCAUGUAAAGCAAUGAUGAAAUCAUAUCUCAUGAAUGACUGCUAUUUAGAUGCGAUCAACCUUUACGGGCGUUUUAGAGAGUUCCUUCUAGUGCAGGACAAUGUCUUGUUCUCGCUUGUUUUGAAUGCAUGCAUUAAAUUGCUGGAUCUUAACCAGGGAAAGAAGCUUCAUUGCCAUAUAACUAAGGUUGGGAACCCAGAUGAUUUUCUUCUCAAUACAAUCAUUGCCAUGUAUGCCAAAUGCGGUGAUUUGAAAUCAGCUUGUAUCUUAUUUGAUACAAUUUCCGAGAGGGAUGUGGUCUCUUGGACCACAAUCAUAUCUGGUUUGGUUCAGAAUGAUUGCGCUGAAGAGGGAUUGAUUUUGUUUAACAAGAUGAGAUUAGCAGGUGUAGAACCUAGUGAAUACACUAUGGGUAGCAUACUAUCAGCUUGUUCAUCAAUGGAUGCUUUAGUUCAAGGAAGAUGGAUUCAUGGUUAUGUUUUGAAGAAAGGGAUGGCUAUGAACUCCUUCAUUGGAUCUGCAUUGUUGGAUGUAUAUGUCAAGUGUGGGGAAGUUACUGAUGCUUAUGCUGUCUUUGAUGGACUAGAUUAUGUAGACCUCGUCUCAUGGACUGCAAUGGUCGUUGGUUACACGCAGAAUGGUUGCGCAGCUGAUGCGCUGAAACUCUUCUCGAACCCGAAAUGGGCCGGCAUAAUGCCUAAUUCCAUCACCAUAGCAAGUGCUCUUUCAGCUUCGGCGCAACUGUCCAAUUUGAAUAUAGGCAGGUCAAUUCACAUACUUGGAAUAAAGCUAGGAGUAGAAGAUUACAAUGUUGUGAUGAAUGCAAUUGUUGAUAUGUAUGCAAAAUGUGGUGCCAUUAAGGAAGCUGAAUAUGUUUUUCAAAGGAUGGCUUGGAAGGAUUUAGUCACUUGGAAUGCAAUGAUGGCAGGCUAUUCUCAGAAUAAUUUUGGAUCUGAAGCUCUAUUACUCUUCCACAAAAUGAGAUUUGAAGGUUACUUGCCUGAUGCUGUAACAAUAGUGAAUGCUCUCUCAGCUAGUGCUUCUAUUUGUUCACUAUAUAUAGGAGACUCAUUUCAUGCUUAUGCUAUCAAAGUUUCCUUUCUUUCAAAUAUUUAUGUUAGUACUUCUCUCCUAAAUUUCUACAACAAAUGUGGGGAUUUAACAUCAGCUCGUGGAGUAUUUGAUGAGAUGAGAAAUAAAAAUGCCGUUACAUGGUGUGCAAUGAUGGGCGGCUAUGGUUUGCAAGGUGAUUCUGGUACUUCUCUUGAUCUUCUUCAAAGAAUGUUGAUGGAAGAUUUGAAACCCAAUGAUGUUACCUUUACAAGCAUUCUGUCGACUUGUAGUCACACUGGAAUGGUGGAGGAAGGUAAGGAGCUUUUUGAUAGAAUGUCUAAACGGUAUGAUGUAGUUCCAUCCAUGAAACAUUAUGCGUGUAUGGUUGAUAUGCUAGUAAGAGCCGGACGGCUUGAGGAAGCAGUAGAAUUCAUGGAGAGAAUGCCUGUGAAUGCAGAGAUUAGUAUGUGGGGAGCUUUGCUUCAUGGAUGUGGAGUCCAUUCACGAUUAGAUCUUGGAGAAAAGGCACUUAGAAAAAUAAUGGAGAUGAAGCCAGAUACUCCAGAUUAUUAUGUUUUGCUGUCAAACUUGUAUGCAUCUGAUCAAAGGUGGGAUGAGGCUCUAAAGAUUAGGAAACUUAUGAAACAGAAGAGAUUGAUGAAGUCACCAGGAAGUAGCUUCAUACACAUAGAUGGUAGAUGACAUUUAAGUGAAGAGAAAAGUUUCAGAUGCUGAUGUUUUCUGGCAGAAGUCAAUUCGUGCAGUUUAUUAUUCACCUCGAGUGAAUGGUUUGGUGAGCAUCAUAUAAUCAGUAUAAAAGUAUAUGUUCUCCCCUUUUUUAUUAGAUUAAUUAUUCCGUGCAGACGAAAAAUAUCAUUUGGAGACCAAUUAAAAUACGUCACGUCAUCCCUUCGUUCGGUACCACGGCUCGGUACUGCUAACGUGGCACAU